AUGGCCCAAGUUUCAACAGUGUACCCCUUCCGCAUCCAACGGCCGGGCAACGAGCCCGAGUACCGACGUCAUGACUCCGAUGGCGAAAAGUCAGAUGCUUGCCGGGCCGCGUGCGGCUAUCCCAUCCUCCCCCAGCCUCUCAAUCCAGCUAGGAAGCUGACGCGAACCGAGUUGCGAACCCAACGGGCCGUCUUCAUCAUCUUUGUCCUCGUCGUUAAUCUCGGCCUAGCCGCCGUGACCCUGUUCGCCAAAAUCGGAGUGGCGACGCUCGUCUUCGUCCUCCUUUUCAAGCUCCAAGACUGCCUGUCGGCGAUUAUAACUAUCCUCUGCCUCUCGUGGACCUCGGUGGCCAGUCUCUUCCACAAAUCGGAGCCCGUAUCCCGUCAAUGGGUUCUGUCUCUUCUCCCGGCAUACAACGAGUCCGAGGAGCAGAUGCUCAAGUCGAUCCGCGGUCUCCGAGAGAAUGUUGGCGACCCGCACAAGCAAGUCAUUGCCAUCGUCCUCGACGGCCAGCCCAAAGAUAUCAGGGGCGAGUUCUCGAGAGUCGUUGCCGAAUUUCAGCGCCCCUACCUCUCGCUCAAGCAGAAGUCUGGAAUUCUCAAGGUCACGGCCGGCUUCUUCUUCCAGGACCUCCCCGUCAUCCUGAUUGAAAAAGUACAGAACAGCGGCAAGAAGGACAGCUUGGUGCUGACGCACGAUCUCUUUAACCACCCGCGCGACAACAUGCCCGAGUACACUCGGCUUCUGCGCGAGGAGAUCUGGACCACGGUCCUCCCAGCCCUCACGGCCGAGACCGACUUCCGCUCCUUCGAUAUGAUUUUCUGUACCGACGCCGACUCCCUCAUCCACGAGGGCUGCAUGAUAAAGCUCAUCGACCGUCUCGCCCGCGACGAAAAAGCCAUCGCCGCCUGCGGACUUGUCCUCGUUGAGUUUGAGCCGGGAUACGAGUGGUCGCCCUGGAACUUCUUCCAAUUGCUGCAAUAUGCUUACGGUCAAUCCGUCCGCCGCUGGGCCGAGGGCUUCGUCGGCAAGGUCACCUGCCUCCCUGGAUGCGUGACCAUGAUCGCCGUCCGGAAAGAAAUGGCCGGCGCCAUAGCCAUGUUCGCUCGUCCCGUCAAGGAGAAUUGGGUGCUCCACCAUCAAGUCCAGAACCUGGGCACCGACCGUCGGCUGACGUACUGUAUGCUCAGCCAGUCUAAGGGGCUGCGUACACUCUUCGUCCCCGAUGCCGUGUCGGAGACGGUGGCGCCCCAGUCGUUUAAGCAUUACCUACACCAGCGUCGCCGCUGGGGCUCCAACGCUUACUUCAACAACUUCUUCUACUGUGGUGGCCGUAACAUGAUCCUUUACACUCGCUUUCUCGCCUUUCUACACAUCAUGCGCCAAACGUGCGUCUACUAUCGCAUUCUCAACACCAUUCUCUUUAUCCGCGCCUUGGUCAUCGAAUUUAGCUUUAUGGACAUCUUACCCCUGCUGGUUGUCGGUCAAUUCCCGGCACUUUGGUUCUGCGUCUGCAUGGUGAUACAACGCGCUCUGCGGGUAAGGAUACACAAGCUCAUUGUUGGCUUCCUCAUCAACAAACUGGUCUCGCCCAUCAUGUCCUCUAUAGUCUUUGCCGCCGUGGUAACAAAUUUGGGCAACGCUGUCUGGGGAAUGAGUGGCAUCACGGCUUCUUCUUCUGGCGACUCGCAAAGGCCUUCGACGCAAGCCUCUUCUUCUACCACUCAACAGCCGCCGCUGCCGCGUUGA